AGAACGCUAGCUACGCAUUACAAAAACGACGACAAUGCGAGGUGUCACUAUGUCUGUAGGUACACCGGUCACCGUAGCGGUGAUACUCGGUCUCUGUACCAUCCUGGAAGCAACGUAUCUGGAGCGCCCACUAUGGGUGGCGGACAAGGGCAGACCCCAGUCGGUGUCCUUUGCCCAGGAGCAAGCGCGUACCGGUCAGGCGGUACAAGCGGCAAAUGAACAGUCCUGGAUGAUUCCCGAACCCUACUAUCCAUCACGCACCGCAACGGGUUCGGAUGGCUUUGAAAGUUUGCCUCAGCGGCCUCAGGAACAGUCGAAUGUUGAGCAGAAGGUGCGCGAGGAACGUCCAAUGGUUGAGAGUUUCCAGCCCAACUGGCCGUACGAACAUCAGGAAAUGUACUACGGACAAGGUGUGGCAGGUGAGCCCCAACCUUCGUGGUUACCCGAGCAAGAAAAGCACGUCGAACUGCCCAAACCGUCGGAACCAACAGUGGUGGAUGCGUGGAACCAGUUCCAACUAAAGCCUGAGUUUGAAUAUCCUGCGUUUAAUGGGCAGCAAACGUGGCAGAUGGAACCGAAGCCGGAAGCCGCUCAGCCUCAAGCUGGACAGGAAGAGCAUCAAUCGUACCAGCCCAAACCAGAAGCACAGCCGGAACCGUACCCACCGAAGGUGCAAGAAAUGCCACAAACUUAUGGAAAUCCACAAGCGGGAUACGAGCCAUCGUACCAGGGCCAGCAAGCUUACAACUCAUAUCCACCACGGCCAGAGCUGUACCGACCAGUGCCGUCCUACGGCGAACCUAACUAUCCAACCCAAUACUAUGGCCAACAGUCUUUCCAAUACAUGCCCGAGCCGGUGUAUGAGAUGCAAGUACCGGUCAAUAGAAAACCUGCCGUCCCGUCGGGUAAGCCUCAAUCCGAACCUACCCGUGUGAGCAAACCACAGCCGGAACAGGGUCCCAAACCAGACUACUACCCGUACCAACCACAGGAAUGGUAUCCGUACCAAAUGCCUACGCAAGAGCGGCAAGCCUCCAUGCAAGUCGAGCCGGAUGCACGUGCGCAAUCCAAUCUGGCCGUGCAGCCAACCUACCCGCGUGAACAGCAAGUGCCGAAUCGUCCUGCCCCCGUGGACCGUGCUCCUCAGCCAAAUCGCAAGCCCGUUCAACCGGCAAGGCCAGUUGCCCCGCGGCCAAGCCGUCCGAUUGAGCGUCAACCGGAACAACCGAUCGUAACCGUCCCGUCGGCACCGUGGGAAAUGCAGUACAAACCGCUCGAGCCACCGAAACCGAAACCACCGGUGCAGCGGCCAUCGUACUACGAGGAUGCCGAUGAUGACGAUAGUGAGGUGGUGGUAAAGUACGAGAAACCGAUCACCCGCAUGGAUGCGCGCUGUCCGCGCGAUGACGAUCCGGCCAAGCCGGUUCACUUCCCGAGCGCGACCACUUGCGUCAAGUUCCAGAAGUGUUUCAACGGCAUCGCGUACGAGAUGAGCUGCCCGCCUGGGUUGGAGUUCGACGCGAAGAACAACCGGUGCGACUAUCCGGCACGUGCCAGAUGCUCGAUUUAGAAACAGUGAGAGUACAAUAAAUGGUGAAUGCUUCUGCUUCUGUGGAAAAAAGGAAAAGUUAUGAGCAAACAGUUUUUGUUUUCUUUUUGAUAGCUUACUAAAAUAAAAUCGA